AUGUUCUCUCCCAGGAUCUGCCCCUGUUUUGCACAGAGGAAGAUCCUCAGACAUGAGUGCCCCAAGAUCCAGAAGUUUGGUCUGCUGGGGAAGCUGGUGGGGCAGCUCACCCUCUCCUGCACCUGCAAGGACAAGGAGACCUCCUGCGAGGCUGCAGAAGCUCUCUAUGAACUGCACAUCUUCGUCCUGCAGCAGACAAGCAAGGUGGAGUGGAUGGAUUACAGUGGGCAGCUGCAGCCUCUGGUGGGCUCACAGAAGCAGCCUUGGAUGUUCCUCAGCGAGAAUCGUGCCAGGAGACUCUUCUCGACAGUGGAGUGCUCUGACUGUGAGGAGGAGCUGCAACGUGCCCUGAAAAUCCUGGCCAUGUCUCUGCAGAGCCAGUGCCUGGGGAUGCCCAGCCUGGUGCUCAGAGCCAUCCUCAGGCUCACCCAGAGGCCCGACACAGCAAGGAAAACCCUCGUCCUGCUGCCACUCGUCCUGGAGCGGCUGCGGGAUGACGACGGCGCCAGCAGCGCCGCAGCCCUGCCCGUGCUCGCCGCCAUGCUGCGGCUGCUUGAGGGGAGGAGGCUCAACCUCGCCGCCCUGGAGCUGGCUGACAAGCUCUGGCCCCUCUUUGGCAACGAGUCGGACACUGUGCGGGAGCUCUCCAUCCGUCUCUUCCGAGAUGCGAUGAGGCUCGUGGCGCGCCAAGGGAAGGAAAAGAUGAAGAAGGUGGUGUGCAACAGCCUGCUGCCACUGCUCUUCCACCUGCACGACGAGAGCAAGAGUGUGGCCCAGCAUCAGUCCCCAGCCGGUGCAUCUUCCCCAGAUGGCCCAGGACAGGCGGCUCUGAGCCCUGCCAAGAGAGGGGGCACCGGGUCCUGUGCCCCUGCUAAUGGUGGUGGCAUCUCUGCUGCUCUCCAGGCCUCCCAGGAAGCUCUCCGCAGCGCUGGCCACUUCCUGAACUGGAGGAGGCUGGCACAGCUGGCUGGGACUCAGCAGGCAUGGAGCAUCCGCGAGCGCUUGCUGUCCAAGAACAGGAGCAGGGCCAAGGACUACCUGCACCAGAGCCAGAGCUACCUGCGGAACCCUCAGGAGGCCCUGCGGCUGGAGGCUGUGAGGUUCAUUGGCCUCAUCGGAAGACUGAUGGAUGAACGGGAGGACAUGGAGCAUGUCAGAGAGGUCCUUCGAGAUGCGAGGAGAGAUGACAGCCCCCUGGUCUCCUCCCUGCUGACUCAGACCAUCCUUAUCCUUGGCGAAGAAGGGUGA